AUGGAGCUCAGCGGCACACACUGUGCCGUCGCACUAGUGACGAACACUGGAGACGAAGGAGGCAGAGCUGUCAGCAAGAGACAACUGAAGAAGAUGCGUCGUGCGCAGAGGGAUCCAGCAGAGCGUCAAGCGAAGAAGCACAAGUCCAAGCGAGAAGCCAAGAGCGCUAACCGCUUCCAGUGUGCGACGCCCAAGUACUCAUUUGCCGAUGGGUAUCGAAUGGUCGAUCCAUACGUGUACGAGUUCCGCACAUUUGCCAAAGAGCGGUGGUACGGCCGCGAGCUGUUGGAGGUUUUUACCAAGGAAUUCGGUGCCAAUGCGCCAGAGUAUUACAGAUUUGCCAUUGCGUCGGGACGCAUCUCGGUGAAUCGCAAGAUCGUGCCGGCCGAUACUAUCCUCAAGAACGGAGAUUUGAUCAUUCAUACGGCGCAUCGACACGAGCCUCCAGUAUCCGAAGAUGAGGUGGCAGUAGUGCACGAGGACGACGAGCUGAUUGUCGUGUCGAAGCCACCUUCCAUGCCAACUCACCCGUGUGGUGCGUACCGCCACAACUCGCUGCAUUCGAUCCUGCAAGCCACCCGGUCAGACCUUCCGCAGCUUCACGUCGUUCAUCGGCUUGAUCGACUCACAUCUGGUGUUGUGCUUCUAGCAAAGAAUGCGGCCACGGCGAAGUCUCUGUCGUUGACCAUUGCUAACCGUCAGGCGACCAAGACGUAUCUUGCGCGUGUGCGCGGUCUGUUUCCGGGUAUGCUCGACCAGGCGGCCCAAGAGAUGCUAGUGAGCAAAGCCAGAGCCACUUGUCCUGCUAGUGUGCUUACCUUCCCAGAGGAGGACGCUAUCGUUAUUAGCUGCCCACUUCGCUGUCUUUCAGCUCGUGAUGGUGUGUGGGAGUGCCAUGCGAAUGGCAAAGCGUCGGAGACCAUAGUGCGUCUCGUCCGCGCAGAUAAGUCCACGAGCCUUGUAAAGUGCAAGCCGGUCACAGGAAGAACGCACCAGAUCCGUCUGCACUUACAACUCAUUGGAUUCCCCAUUGCCAACGACCCUUGCUAUGGCGGAGAGCUGCAUUUUGGUGAAAGUGCAGAGCGCGUCGACGAGAUUGCAGCUGCCAAGCGCAGCAAAGCUGAUCUUCCACCGAAAGACUCUGUGGACUACUCGACGCCGCGGAAGGAGAACGAGAGCGAAGAGGAGUUUAUGAGACGGACAUGUCCUUGCUGCUACGUUGGCGAAGCCGAAGCUUUCAAUGAGACACAGCUGCAUUGCUCAAAGAUUUGGCUACACGCUCUGCAGUAUCAGCUCGAUGGUCGCGUGUUUACCGCACCUGAACCCAGCUGGGCUGCUCAUCUGAGUACGGUCUAG